AUGAGACCUGUUGUAUCGACUGGUAAAGCUUGGUUUUGUACAAUUUUAUCCGCAUUCGGUGUUGUGAUACUGUCUGUAGUGGCACAUUUGUUUAAUACCAAUCAUGAAGAAUUUGUUGGAUCUAUAAAUGAUCCUGAAGAUGGACCUGCGGUUGCUCAUACUGUUUAUAUAGCAGCAUUGGUUUAUUUGGCAUUCUUUGUCUUUUGUGGGUUCCAGGUAUAUUUGGCAAGAAGAAAACCUUCCAUUGAAUUGCGUUAA